AUGUCUUUUCUCGGUGACCCUGACACCUGCACACUAUGUAAUGGGACUCUGGCCCUAGAGGUGGUGAAAGGCGGGGUCAACAUGGACAGGGGCGCGGAGGCUGUAGGUGAUCGAGACGGGCUCCAGGAGCAGGGAGACUUGAAGGAGGCUGGGAGGCAGAAACAAAACCCAGAUGAAUGGUCUCAGCCCAUGAUUCCAAAACACUCCUACUGGUUAGACCUCUGGCUCUUCAUCGCCCUCGACCUGGUGUUGUUUUUAGUUGUGUAUUUUAUGCCCUGA